GCGUCCGCGUUGCGCCCGCCCUCCGGGCUUGCAACGCGUGCGACGCAGAGGCGCUUUGGCGUCACGGCGCAGUCCUCGAGCGGAUGGAAUGUCUCUUGGACAGCGCCUGAAGAAAGCAAGACCGCAGAGCAAAGUGCCGCGCUCCGCGAGGCAUUGAGGCAGUGUCCCUUCAUGAAGAAGAUCGAUGAUGACACUCUCGAGUCUCUCGUCCGAGCCAUGCCCGUCCAGACUUUCGAUCCAGGAGCGAUUGUUUGCCGGCAGGGUGCUCGGGAUGACUGUGCAUACGUCAUCAACGUCUUCCAGGAGCCGGACCCGGAGACCGACCCGGACGGAGCCCAGGUUUUCGUGCGCCCCCUCACCAGAGGGCGCCUCUUUGGGGAGUUCUCCAUGCUCUGGAGCACACCACGGACCCGCAGCGUGUACGUGGACCAGCAGCAGGCAGUUCUGGGUGUCUUGACGCAGGAGGUUUUCCGCAAUUUGGUGGUGCGCAACGAGAUGAAGGAACGCAGCCGGCGCGAGGCAUGCCUUCGUCGCUCAGCGAUGCUUGAGACGCUGGACGAUGAAGAGAUUGCGCAGCUGGCAGAUGCGCUGCAGAAGAAGUGCUUCGAAGAGGGCGAGGUCAUCGUCCGACAAGGUGACACCGGCAAUGAGCUUUAUGUGGUCCUGGAGGGUACCUGCGUGGUGACGGUAGAGACUGGGUCCAAGGACAGAGACAGAGACAUCCAGGAGUGCAAGCGAUGCUACGCGGGAGACAUGUUCGGGGAGAAGGCUUUGCUGGAGAAGACAAAGCGUUGCGCCACGGUGUCCGCAGCCACGAAGGUGGAGGUGCUGGCCCUUCGGCGGGAUUCUUUCGAGCGAAUGCUCGGGCCCCUUAGCCAGCUGCAGAAGAUCCACUACCUGUGUGAUCCAAGGCGCAGCAUCGCUGACUUCUACCUCCCGGGUGACCAGAGUGGCCCUGCAGGCGUCUGCAAAGAGAAGCGCACCGGCUUGGAGCCGGACGCGAGCACCUGGUUCGCCGUGUACCGUCCAACCUCCCGUGAUGCGAUUGCCAAGAUGCUGAGCGGCGCGGCUGUUGGCAAGGGGCUGAACGUCAAAGGCAAGUCAGCCAAGAUGCCGAAUCGGCUCUCGGGAUUCGUGCCCUUCCUGCAGAUCAGCCAGGAGAGCCACAAGUCCGAGAUCGAAACGUCCCCACCAGACGCCCGUGUUUGCAUCUACUUUGCCUCGGAAAUGCUGCGCCAAAGCGCCAUGGUUCAACUGCAAGCACUCCUGGAGACGAGCUCACCCAUGCAGGAUCCGGAGAUUCGGCUCUUGGACCACUAUGAAUCCGUGCCCGGCCUGGAUGCGCCUGAAGCCGUAGUGCAGCAGGCCUUCAUCCUCAAGCCUGACAUCCAGCCAGCCGUCGGAUGGGAGACAGGCCGCGUUUCAGAGCCCGCCUUCAUGGACAUGAACCUCCAGGCGUUGCGAGGCACCUCCCGGCCGAAGGUGGUCCUUUACCAAUUCGACCAGGAUAACCCAAUGAACCCACAUGGCCUACUCAUCGCCUAUGCAGAGAACACGGUGAAGCCGGUUGUGUCGGACUUCGACACUUUCCUGGUUGGAAGCCGCGGCAUGGAGUACGAGCACCUGCCGCCGGAGCAAACAGAGCUUUGUCUCUGGGCCUUGGACCACACUGAGAAGAUUCUGCGGUCGCCCUCCACCUCCUCCUGGACAUCGCGAUGGUUGGAAGUCUUGAAAGAAGCACACGAGCAAGGCUUCCACCCGCACAUUCCGGAGUUUGGAUUUGGCGAUGCGACAUCUUAUCGCUUGAUCGAGGAGGUGAUCAACACCACAAAAGAAUCCGGUGCCAUCCGUCAUGGCGCAGAGUGCUUCAACUUCUACUUCCCUCAGGAGUUGGACACCAACUUCCUCGUUGUAUGGGAAGGCUUCCACGACAUCGAUGGCAAGCCCUGGGCCUACAUGGAUGAGGACGAGCUCCGCGAUUUCCUCACGGAGCGUGUCGAGGAGAACUACGCCUUGCCUCUCAAUCCGAUUUGGUGUGUUCGCGACCUCGGCUGGUUCGACAUCUUGGAGCAUCAGAUCGAGAACCAGAGCUGCAAAGCAGCGCUGGAGGCCUGGUACCCAGAGGAGUCCGGCAUUCUUGAGAAGAUAAAGGCAUUGCACGAGGAGUUCACAGAGGGCCUGGAGUUGAAAGCGAGCGCGGACAACGCGCGGCCUCUGGUCCGGACUUUGUCGCAUUGCCCUGACCUGGAUAUGUCGGAGAAGGCCAUGCUGGCCAUCUCACAGGCGUCCUCCGCGGGGAGUAGGUGGACCACUGCCCGGCUGAAAGUCAAUGUCCUGCAGCAAAUAAAGCGGUCAAGCAUGGCCGUUCAUCAUCUGCUCGGCAAGUGA